AUGGGUAAUUACAAGUCACGACCGCUUACAUCAUGUGCAGAUGAGCUAAAGAAAAAGAUUAGCGAGGGAUAUGCGGUGAUGAGGAGUCGGCUAGCCGAUGACGUAAAACAACGCCACAAUUUGCCAGAACCAUGGAAAAUCGCAUAUGAUGGCCCAGCCGAGGCUCUAGUUUCUCAGAUUUGCACCGAGACGCUAGAGGCUCGCUCUCCACACGGACUCACGCUUUUCCAUACGAUUUGCGCUGGUGGAAAUGAAGAGCAAUAUGAAAAGCUACAAAAUACGCUGAAACUUUUGGAAAACUUUGAGAAAGAGAAGCGAGUCGGGAUUUUGAGCCGCCUCUCACACAACGGAUUCACGGCUCUUCAUCUAGCGAUUUAUAAGCAAUGGCCUCAAUUCGUUUCCGCUUUGCUUACAGCUGGCGCGGAUCCAUCGUUUGUCGGAACACACAAAUUGCCUCCUUUACAUCUGGCUGCAAUGUGUGGACACACUGGAAUCUGUAAAAUGCUUUUGGAGAGUGGUUGUCGGCUUGAUGAAACGGAUUUCGUCAAAUUCACUGCUCUUCACUGUGCUACGCAUUUUGCACAUGAUCAAGUAGUUCGAUUGCUUCUCUCAGCUGGAGCUGAUCCAAAUCUUUGUGGGGGAGUGAAAGAUCGACCAGUGCAUCUCGGCGCUAGCAGAGGCCUUUUAUCGAUGGUGAAUUUGUUGCUGGAAAGUGGAGCUGAUGCUUCUUUAACUGAUGAAGAGGGGAAUAGUGCUCUUCAUUUUGCUUCAAAAGGUGGCCAUGUUCAAGUGAUCGAUGUCUUGCUUUCAACCACCAGCCAGCCAACACAGAUGAUUGGAUGUCGAAAUAUGUAUGGAGAUACGUGUCUUCACUUGGCUUGUUAUGCCGGUCGUCUUGAUGCCGCCAAGCGACUUAUUCAUGCCGGCGGGAGUCAACUGUUGACAAUGGAAAAUGUUUUCUCGGAGACUCCUCUGCAUGCAGCUUGCACUGGUGGGCGUUCACUUGAAAUGUUGGCUUUUCUCCUUAAACAACCCGGCGUUGAGCCCAACUAUCAGGGACAAGAUGGUCAUACCGCUUUACAUUCGGCUUGCUAUCAUGGACAUGUGAGGCUCGUGCAAUUCCUACUUGACAAUGGCGCCGAUCAAUCACUCACAGCAAGAGCUGUCGAGUCUCCACUUAAAUGCACUGACACUGAUGGAUCAACCACUCCAACAACAUCGACCUCAUCAGGACUUGUUUCAUCAGCUGUUUUAUCGUUAACUCGAGCCGACACUCCAUCAAAUCUCUCAAGCAUGAAUUCAACUAUUUCAAUGGAUGAACAGCAAACACCCAUAAUUUGGGCUUACGAGAGGGGACAUGAUCGGAUCGUUGCUCUUCUCAAGCACUAUGCGAAUCGGCGAGUUGAAGGCGAUCUUUGCAGUGAAUACAGCUCUGGAGAAUCAUCGUAUACGCCAUUGCCAUCACCCUGGGGCCGAUUGCAAUCGUUGACGAGAGAAAAAGCCGAGAUUCUACAGCUUCGCUCACUGCUCAAUCCGAAAUUUCAUCUAUCCAUGGUUGACAUCGACUUGCAGGAAGCGAUCGGAAGUGGAUCUUUUGGGAAAGUUUACAAAGGAACGUACCACGGUCGAAUUGUGGCGAUUAAAAGAUAUCGAGCUGUAUGCUAUGGCAGUAAAUCACAAGUGGAAAUGCUGUGUCGAGAGGUUUCGAUUAUGAGCCGAGUUCGACACCCGAAUGUCAUCGAGUUUAUCGGAGCCGCUCUCGAUGAUCCUUGUCAAUUUGCGAUCAUCACUGAAUUUGUGGAGAAUGGUUCACUUUUCUCCAUUCUUCAUGAGCAAAAGAGAGUACUCGAGCCACCAUUUCGCUUGAGAAUCGGUUGGGAUGUGGCACAAGGAAUGCGAUAUUUACAUGAAAAUGUUGGAAAACCGGUGAUUCAUCGAGAUUUGAACAGUCACAAUAUUCUAAUUCACGGAGAUGGACGAGCGGUGGUGGCUGACUUUGGGGAAAGUCGUUUCGGUGAUGGCGAUGAUGAGAAUAUGACAAAACAGCCAGGGAAUCUUCGAUGGAUGGCUCCCGAAGUUUUCUCUCAAUCCGGGCGAUACGAUCGGAAAGCUGACGUCUUUUCCUAUGGUCUAUGCUUGUGGGAACUCCACUCAGCCGAGCUCCCAUUUUCGCAUCUCAAACCAGCCGCUGCAGCUGCUGAAAUGACCUACAAGAGAGGCAGACCAUCGCUACCGAGUCUUGGCUCAGCUCAAUUCCCGGAUCAUAUUAUCAGAGUGAUCUCCGAGGCUUGGCAUCCGGAGCCUUCUUCUCGGCCUGAGUUCUUUCAAAUAAUCGACAUACUCACCGAUUACUUUGAUCCAUCGAUCUUGACUAUUGAAGUCAACAACGAGCCCCAACCUACAGUAUCUCAGCUGAGGAAUCAAUGGGAGACAUUGAACGUGAAAGGAAGUCGGCCAGGAGUUGGUUCUGGAAAUCCGGGUCAAAUGUCUGGUUGGAGUCAAAUCUCGUCGGGAACCGUCGAACAAUUACGACAGAGAAUCGAUAAAAAUGGAUACGUUGGCCUGCUCGACAAAGACGAGACGAUUGAAUAUAAAAAU